AUGAAUCAACGAAUCCCCUCUGGCGUUGUUACGACUACCGAUGGGCUCACCACCGAGCUACAGCGAUCCGAGGCUGUGAAUCCCGAUGACAUCGCUCAGCUUUGGAAGGUCUACACUACGCAAAGCUCCAAGAUCCAGGAUGCCGUCGCCUGUCGACUGGAGAAUCUCUUUUGGCGGCUAUGGGCAGACCCAAAGCUGCAAAAAGGUCUUUCGGGCGUGACUCUCGCGAACUUGUUCAUGGCAAUACACGAAAGCAGAACAAUUCACGCCAUUCCACCGUCCAAGACCGACUUUUCCCGACCCAACGACACGUCCCAAGUGACCAUACUAACCAUCACCCACGAGCGUGAUGGAGGAUCCGGAAAGGGGUCGAAAAGCCCUCUUCCUCCAAUUCUCAAAAACUCGGCCGGCGCAAAGGGCCAGCCGCCGAGCGAGUCUUCUUCCUACAAAACGGCACGCAUCGUGAUUCCAGAUCAGCCAAGUCAGAGGCCAACAAAGAAUGCAGGGACGGCGAACAACAACAAAGCUACAGGUGGUCUUGGCAGCAAGCAGACUCGCAAAAGGCCGUCCUUUGCGGUAAACACGUCUGCAUCGUCCAGGCGCCGAGGCGUGUUCAUGCGAAGGAAAUCUCCUAUAACGACGCCGACGGUUGAGAUGGAAGAGCCUUUUCCUCCGGCGGUGAUUGAGCAGAUAGCUGAAAGGGAGGAAACUGAGCAAACUGAACAGACCGAGCCAGUGUCCAAAGAAGAUGCCGAACUCCCCUGGCGAUCCCUGUCCUACCUAAAGCCCAGCGACGAUGACAUCACAUCCAUACAGGCCUCCCUCGCGGCUUCUCCGUCAAGUCCGCCUCCUGCAACCUUUUCCGUCAGCAGCGUUGCGCGUCACCGCAGUCCAGAGGACCUUGAACACGGGCAGACGACAGCAGCAGCAGAAGUCGUAAAGUCCGACACAACCCUUGUCGACCGGGACUUUCGAACGCAUUUUGUCGAGCGUAAACGACACGAGUCUGUCGGCAGCAAGGGCGGAGCGUCUUCUUCGCUGACCUCGAAUCUCAGCUCUUCCCAAUUCAAAGAUCUCAUUAACUCAAACGCAAACCCUAUUAUUAUACCCAGUGUGUCCCGCAGUCUGUCGCCGGCAAAACGGCACAUUCUUUCUAGUAACAAUCCGUCAGCGCUAUCGCCGAGCUCGCCUCGCAAACGCGACAGGGGGCCAGCGCCCAUGGCCAUUAUCAGCACAUCUCAGACACAGUUUGCCCCGUCAUCGACGCAAAAGACCACAAGCGGCGUGUUUUCCGUGUCCAGGCAGUCUCAAGACAUUGGUGAACAGCUGACUAGUCUAAUGCGGUCGAAAUGA